CGCUAGGCGUAAGGCAGGCGCUCGGCUCUUGACUUGCGCCUUGCCCGAUUAGGCGUAGCUUAGGCGUUUAGAGCAUAUAUGGAAAAAAAUCUCAAAUAUUUCCUAUUUUCUGGAAUAAUUCAUAUAAUCGAAGUGCAUAUAAAAUUAGCAAUGCCUAGUUCUUAACAGUAAACACUUAACAUAACAAAUACCAAGCAAAUAGUGACCAAUCAUAUGCUAAUAGGUGCUUAUAAAGGCAAGAAGCUUGUGCUGCGUACCGAGGAGAAGGAAGGAGAAGCAAUUGACGAGUUUCGACUUUAUUUCCCACUAUAGCAUCGGAGCGCUGUGAAGGCGAGAAGAGUGAUCGAUGACUUUCUCCGACGGCGGCAGAGAGCAGCAAAUGGGGCGAGAGCUAGGGCGGCAGGCGGUAGCAGAUGGGGCGAGAGCUAGGGCGGCAGGCGGCAGCAGAUGUUACUUCCCGUGUUUCUGAUUUUCUAGGACAAGAGGCAAGUUUCUGAUUUUCUAGGACAAAACGAAGAGUAUUGGGUUUAACCGCCUAAGCUCGCCCAGGCACGCCUUCUCUCCACUAGGCGCAAACUAAGCGCUAUUCCUACGUACUAAGCGCUACCAGCGCCUUUUACAACGCCUAUGUCCAAGUCAAGGCGAUCCUCCACCGCCUAGCGCCUAAUUGAGCCUAGGCGUGCGCCUAGGCGCGCCUUCUUGAACCUUGUAUAUAUAUAUAUAUAUAUAUAAUUAAAGUAGGGGUACAUGGACUGCAUCGAGUUGAUAAAUUAACACUUGCCCCAUUCUGUACCUGGUCGUUGAUUAUACUUGGCCAUCUAUUGGGAAUUGUGUAGUUAGGUUCGAGACAAGUUUUUGAUGCCGUUUCCAUUGACUAGUUUACGGUCUAUUAUUCGGAAAAAUUCUUUUAUUGUUACUCCAUCAUUUAAUUUCUUGCAUUGUGUAGUGUGAAACUGUGAAUCUUGCUUGUCUUGGCUUGUGUUGUGUGUGGUGAGGUGUGUACAGGAGGUGUAUGAUCCAGAGUGAUCCAGCAACUUUGGUGCCACUAAACAAAAAUAUCAACCAAACCAAUGUUGUCAAAAUCGAACCGGACUAUGAUCCGAUAAUGUGAACGGUUCGGUCUUUAACGGUCCAACCGACAUUAGACCGUUAGAGAACCGGUACCUAAUAAACAAUCAGUAUAAAUAUUGGACAUUUCUUAAUCAGUGUAAACCAUGACUAAAUGAGUAAAUUACACUCUUAACAAUUCUAGAACAUUAGUACCAAAAGUUCUAAAAUUCAACUACAGACCAUCACAUUGUUCCAAAAUAAAAGUAAUGUCACACGAAUCUAAACACGAAACAAGAGUUGAAGCAAUAGAGCUUGGUGUUGUUGAUGAGGUUCCACUAUCUAGAUUUGGAUUACUCAUCUGGAAAAAAAACACCAAAUCACACAAAUGAAGUGGACCGAUUCUCGACCAAACAAAUGCAAAUUAAAAUGCAAAAAAACCAACUCCCUGCCUCCUGUUAAAAUGCAAACCGUGAUUCUCUACCAAUGCAAAUUAAAAUGUUAAGAAAUCAGCUCCCUGCCUCUUGUUAAAAUCAGCUAACAACAUCAUUUCUUAAAGAUUCCGAGUUUCCAAAUGUUUAUGUUGAAACAAGAACCCACACGAAAGUUAAAAGAAGGAAUCAACAAUUCAAUAUCUUACCUCGCCGUGGUCGAGCAGGGCAGUGACCGGUGGAGAUUAUGCGGAGAUGAGACGGUCGCAGCAGGAGCAGGAAGAUGGGGAGGAGCUGCUACGGGAUGGCGAAGAUGGCGAGCGGGGCGAGGAGCUGCUACAGCAUACGAGGACCGCGGAUGGCAACGAUGGCCAGCGGGGGCAAGGAGUUUGCUACAGACGCGAGAUGACGAGAGGAAGCGAUGGCGAUGACGACGCCGAGACAGGAAAUAACGACCCCGACUGGGAAGCGAUGCCGAAGGGAGAGGCGCAGCCGGGAACGUCGUCUGGGAAGCGAUGGCAAUGACGAUGUCGCCGCUAUUCUCUCUAUUUGCGAAGAAGACGGAAGGAGAUGAAUUGAAAUCAGUCGCUAGGGUUUUCUUUCUUUGCAGCCCAGCCCGAAAUUUGCGUUUUUGCUUUUGUUGUUUUAUUAAAUCAAAACGGCCGGAAGUGGUGAAACCGAGCGGACGGCUCAACUGGUUAACCGCUCCGGCCGGCAUCCAGCCGCUUCAAAAAGCCGUUCCGGCUAAAUAGCUGAUCUGAGCCUGUUUUGCGAGCGGGUGAAGGUUUUAUCGGUCCGGCCGACCAGCUCGGUCGGCUUUAAUAACACUAAACCAAACUCUCCGACUCCUGGCUCGGGAGAGAGAGUUAAGGGAGCAAUAGAAAGAUUGGCGGAUCCGGGUUAACCACAAGUUGCUUCCGAAGGAGAAGUUGGAUUUGAGGAGGAGUUUGAAGUUGAGAUGGCGUAAGAGAACGAGAAUUUUUCCAGAAACACCACCCAAAAAAAUAAGUCAAAAAAUACCUCUCAUUUCCAAAAAAAUUCCAAAAAUACCACCCUCUCCCAUAAACCGCCACCCCACCCCGCAGUUAAGGUGAAAACUUCCAACCCACACCGCAUUUUCGGACGUUCUGAUAAACUGCUGGGGGAAGGGGCGGUUAAGGUAAAAACUAAUCGUAACUUUUAGCUCGGGCAUCUGAUCGUAGCGAAUUUUUUUUAUUACACAUAACUUCUUGAGAUCUUGCAAGCCUUCUAAAUUAUGGUUGUGAUAAAAGUUGUAGUCCAUAAAAAUUUAUGCAAAAUAAAAAAAAUUCAUGACAUUCGGAUUUUGGAGCGAAAGUUAUAACCGUUCAAAGUUUGGCAAAAUCAAAAAUUACUCGUUCGAGGUAGCAACUGACAUUUUUUGGGACGAAGGAAGAACUAAUGUGCUUGCGGCGACUUGCAAGAUCUCAAAUAGUUAUGCAGAAUCAAAAAAUAUUUCGCUACGAUCGAAUAUCCGAGCGCAAAGUUACAAUCGUUUGAAGUUUCGACCGAGGUUAGGAGUUGAUAAAAAAAAAAUCAUACUAAACGUAGGGUGGGGGGGGGGGGGUUCACCUUAACAGCCUCUACCCCCGGUCGUCAAUCAAACCACCGGUGGCCCCAUGCGGUUUUCAGCAAAAACCGCGCCCCCACCCAGCGAUUUUUGAGUAAACCACAUAGUGGGUGGCGGUUUGUGGGAAAUGGUGGUAUUUUUGGAAUUUUUCGGAAACGAGUGGUAUUUUUGGAAUUUUUUUAGGUGAUAUUUUUGGCAAAAUUCCAAGAGAACGUGCAAGUAACUGUGAACCGAGGACGAUGGGCUAUUACAUAGCUCCACGAGCGGAAGAUAUUCAAUCAAGCAUCUUGAAUCCG